GUGGUAGGAACAAAGCCCCUAGCGUAGAAGAAUUGAUUUUGAAGAACAAGCAUUCAAAAAUUCAAUUUCAUGAAGAACUCUCACAAGAGAAUUCAACACAGAAGGAUUUUAGUACACAUCAGCAAAUGUUAGGCAAUGUAAAUCAAUUAUUGAAUUCAGUUGGUGUGAAUGAGAGUGAUAGAGAUGGCCAUGUAAUUGGAGUUGAAAGUGAAACGGAACAAGAAAUGGAAGGUGAAUGUGAAACUGAAGGAAGUGACAACCUUGAAGAUAACAAUGAUGAUUGUCCCGACAGCUUAUCUCGAUCUAGAGUUAACAUAAAUGAAGCUGACAAUAGCAUAACAGAAUAUCGUGUCCUGAAUAGUACUACAGAAGUGAACAAAAGAGGACCUACUAUGAUGCAUAAAGUGCACAUGCGACCAUUUGAAAAUCGUGAAGCAAUUAUUUUGAAUGAGUUUGGGCAGCCUAUUGGACCAGUUACACCUGAAAAAGAUACACCAGGCGAAUUUUCUCGAUUUUUAGGUACAAUUGCUCGUGAUUAUGGUUAUGUGCCAUUAAUAUAUAACUCUUGGCAUUAUGUGUCCAACAAAGAAAAGAUGUGGGAGUAUGUUUUGGUAAGUUAAUUGAUAUGGGUUAAUGCACACUAAUAAUAUUUACUAAACUAAAAUUAUCAAAUUCAUAUCUAAUUUUU